GCAUCAGAAAUUAGCCUAAAAAAUUACUCAGCUGCUGAGCUUGCUGCAUCAUUAUACUAAUGUGUAAUUUAGUAAAUAUUAUUAGCAAAAUUAAAGAUGGAUAGUUAUCCAAAAUAUACAAAUAUUUAUAUAAAUCCAUCGUUCAAUGAUACGAUGAAAAGUGUUAUUCAUAUAAAUCCAAAAAUCCAUGGAAACAUGGCAAUUCAUGUGAAUCCAAAAAUAGUAAACACGUUACAAUCAACUGAACUUCAACAACGUCUUCUUCAGAGAAAAAACAACGAGCAAGUGACUGGUACUUAUGAUACAAAUAAAAAUAAUAUACAAAAAUCUGUUUACGUUAAUCCAAAAUUAAUGCUUAAACUUCAAAAUAAAGUAACAAAACAAAUAGAUCACGUACAAAAACAAACGUCAAUCCAACCUCAAAUUAAUCCAGUUAUUAAUAAACCAUUGGAAAUACAAAAAAAUACAAAUAAUUUAUGUCAAAAUUCUUUAUCAUUAAAAUAUUCAUCUCCAAAUUUUGUUGCAUUAUCAAAAAAUAAACUUGUCAGAGUAACUUCUGAUGCUAAAAAAAAUAUUAAUUAUCAAGGAAAAACAAUACUUCAUACUGUUAAAAAAAUUAAUACAACAAAAAAAUUAAUUAAUGUUAAUACAGAUAAAAAAUUAGUUAAUGUUAAUACAGCUAAAAAAUUAGUUAAUGUUAAUACAUCUAAAAAAUUAGUUAAUACAACAAAAAAAUUAGUAAAUAUUAAUUCGAAAAAUUUAUCAAAACCAAAAGAAUUAAAUUCUAAAAAUACUAAGUACAAAAUUGAUCGAACUGUGAUACAAAAAUCUAAAAAUAAAACAAAUUUAUCAGCAAGAAAAUUAUUAACAACAAAUUCAAAUUUAAUUAAUAUUGAUGGAGUUUUAUACAAGUCAUCAAAAUCUCAUCUUGUUAGAAGUACAAAUUCAAGUACAUCAGGAAAAAGAUCAAGUAUUGGAAGUACAAAAUUAAACACAAGUUUAAAUUCAUUGAAGAAUAAAAAAUUACGAAGACAAUCAUCAAUUGGAAAAUCAACGAAAUUAAAUGUUUCAUUAAAAAAUACAACAGCUAAAAUAGUAACAGGACAAAAAUUAAAUUACAAACAUGUUAUAAGCAAUCGUGUGAAACAGAGAUCUUUACAAAUAUUACGUCACAAAAUGUGCAAAAAUAAUCAGCCAUGUUUGUUGUAUCAACGUUUUGGAUAUUGUGCAAAAUAUAUUGAUGGAAUUUGUCCAAAAGUUCAUGACAAAAAACAAGUAGCUCUAUGUAAAAAUUUUCUUCAGGGUAAAUGUUUGCUUGAUAAUUGUCCAUUAUCACAUGAAGUUGGACCAGAAAAAAUGCCAACAUGUAAAUAUUUUCUUGAUGGUUGUUGUACACGUGAUGCUUGUCAAUAUCUUCAUGUUAAAGUAUCAGAUAAUACACCAAUAUGUGUACAAUUUCUUCGUGGUUAUUGUGCAAAGGGUAACAAGUGCAAAGAACGACAUACCAACGUUUGUCCUGAUUUUGAUAAAACUGGAAAAUGUCCAAAAGGUAAGAAUUGUCCAUAUCCACAUAAAUCUUCUUUAUUAGCACAACAAAAAACCUUCAAAGUUCAUAAAAAUAUUAAUAUAACGAGUAAAAAAAAUAAUAUUAAUACUGAUAAAAACACUGAAUCAAUUGAUAAUUCAUCACGUGAUGAUAAUUUAAAACGUUAUUAUGAUGAAAGUGAUUGUAACGAUGAUAAUAAUAUUGAAAAAAAAAGAUUAAAAUUAAAUAAAACAAUGAAAUUAAUAGCAUCAAUUCAUGGAAAAUCAAAUAUAGAUAAUUUACAAUCACUUUCUUCAAUUGAUCAAACAAAUAAUGAUUAUGAAAAACCUAAAAGACCACCUAUAGGACCUUUGCCAUCAUAUAUUCCUAUAAAUUAAUAAAUAAUUAUUUUUAUCUCUUUGUAAAUUAUCUAGUUAAUUAUUAAUUAAAUCUCAUCUAAAAUGUAUUAAGUUUAAAAAUAAAUAAAUUAAUUUUUUAAUGAAUAUUUUGUUUUUUGUUUACUGAAAUUAUUUAUCAACAAAAUUAUUCAUUUUUUCAUCAAUAUUUUAACUCAUUUACAUAAAUAUUUUUAAUUUUUUUUUUAACGUGCAUUUAGGAAACAACUUGGUAAUUUAUUUAAUUAAAACUUUUUAUUUUUUUUUUUAAAGUAAUUUAACGUUUUAUAGGUAUAUGUUAAUAAUAGAAUUGAACUUUGCUUACUAAGGCAUUUUUAAUUUCGAUUUUUAAUAACUACUGGAUUAUUUUUUUUUUAAUUAUUAUUAAUUCGUGCACUUGGAGUCAUUGUCUAACUAUCAAGUUGAACAAGGAAGAAACAAGUAUAUCUAAACUUUGGUAUAUUUUUUUUGUUGGAAGAUUAAAACCAGUGGCUUUAGCUGGAAUUUUUUUUCGAUAUAAUUAAUAAGCCAGUUAUUUAUAAUCAUAGCUAAUUUUAUGUAGCUAUUGGUCCAGUGCAAAAGACAUUUUAAAGACGGAAUAUUAUCAUCGAAAAAUGUUUCUAAUUUCAUACUGAUUAUUCUAGUAAUUUACGUAAAUUUAGCAUCCAAUAAAUCGUUAUUAUUUUUACUUUUUGCUGUUUUUUUUUUCAGCUAUUAAAUUAGUUUUGCAUUCACAAUUGUGCUCUUUCUUAAUUAUCCUACAAGACAUACAAAUUCAUAUUUUUUAAAACUAUUUAAGGGUAGUUCUAGCGUUUUUUUUUUUUACAUUAAUAAAAUAGUCAUACAAAGUUUAUGAAAAAUUGAAUAGUAAAUUAAUCAUACAUGUAAAAAUAUUGAUGCUUGAGCUACAGCAAAUAAUUUACAAUUAAAUAAAUUUAUAAUUGAAAAUUAACAAGUUAAUUAAUGUCUAAUUAAUAUCAACAAUAAUAUAUUGGAAGAAUAGCUAUUUGAAUGAGGCACAAUAUUAAGAGUUUAUUGCAAAAUUUAAAAGUUGUUCAUGUUGUUUUAUUAUUCAAUUUUUUUUCUAUUUUUCUAUAAUGAAUAUUCAUUUUUAUUUUUUGUUACGUUCGUUAACGCUAGAAUUACCCAAAUAUCGAAAAGAAUUUUUAUUCAUAAAAUAGCAUUCAUUAAACCCCUUGCUUAAAGUCAAUGAAUUUCAUUUAUUUCAUUGUAUAAAUUUUUCUCUUGAAAUGUCAUUUUCUUUUAAUCUAAAUUUAAAUUAAAACAAAAAAAAAAUUUUUUAAAUAAAAAAUAGUGUGCUAUGUUGUUAACUUGAAAAAACAAAAAAAAAAAAAAAUAUAUAUUUGCAAUUAAAUAAAAAAAUAAAUUCUAUGUACAUUUAUUUUUUCAAACUUUAGCAAAAAUAGCUUGAUUUUUUUAUUUAUUUUUAAAGUAUCUUGGACUAGCUUCACUAUCAAAGUGCUGAUUGG